CAGCUGAGACGAGCUGACGCUGACAGUGGCAACGUGCCUGGACCGUACAGCAGUCGCGACAGCAGCUCGCGCACACCUCUCUUCACGACACCGACACCUGGACCAGCACCAUGAGCGAUCUGAAGAACCCUCCUCCCUACACCAUCCCAGUCGACGGUCAAGGGGACAAGGUGAAAGUUUACCACGUCCACACCCCCUUCAAUCCCUCCGUACCCGAGCAGUCGGCAGCUUCAGUGCCAGUGUACACAGGCGGAGGCGGAGGCCCGACUGGAGGCUACGGUGGCUCGGGUAGGAACUAUGACACCACGCUGGGCCGUGUUUCCGGCAUGGCCAACUGUCCUAGCUGCCAGCAGCAGGUGAUGACCAACGUAGAGUACAAAGCAGGGACCUACGCCUGGUUGAUGGUUCUACUCUUCAUCUGCCUGGGAUUGUGGUGCUGCUGCUGCAUCAUCCCGCUGUUGAUGAAGCGCUUCAAGGACGUGCACCACUUUUGCCCUCGCUGCCACAGACUGCUGCACGUGGAGAAGAAGAAAUGCUGCGAUUAAACAAGAUGGCCACCAACAAAAGGGGCGUAGAAAUAAAGACGACAGUAGCAAACAUCCUCACUGCUACUUUGUUCGCCACAAAGUGACUUCUUCAUAUUUCUGCGGACCAGCAAACACUGGUAAUAGUGUAAUGCAGUAAUAAUGUAAUGCAGUAAUAUUGUAAUGCAGUAAUAAUGUAAUGCAGUAAUAUUGUAAUGCAGUAAUAAUGUAAUGCAGUAAUAUUGUAAUGCAGUAAUAAUGUAAUGCAGUAAUAUUGUAAUGCAGUAAUAACGUAAUACAGUAAUAAUGUAAUGCAGUAAUAAUGUAAAGCACUAAUAGUGUAAUACAGUAAUAUUGUAAUGCAGUAAUACCGUAAUACAGUAAUAGUGUAAUGCAGUAAUAAUAUAAUACACUAAUAAUGUAAUACAGUAAUAUUGUAAUACAGUAAUAUUGUAAUACAGUAAUAACGUAAUACAGUAAUAGUGUAAUGCAGUAAUAAUGUAAUGCACUAAUAAUGUGAUACAGUAAUAUUGUAAUACAGUAAUAACGUAAUACAGUAAUAGUGUAAUGCAGUAAUAAUGUAAUGCACUAAUAACGUAAUGCAGUAAUAUUGUAAUGCAGUAGUAUUGCAAUGCAGUAAUAAUGUAAUGCAGUAAUAAUGUAAUACAGUAAUAAUGUGAUAAAAUAAUAAUGUAAUGCAAUAAUAUUGUAAUGCAGUAAUAAUGUAAUGCAUUAAAAUUGUAAUGCAGUAACAAUGUAAUGCAGUAAUAUUGUAAUACAGUAAUAGUGUAAUACAGUAACAAUGUAAUGAAGUAACAAUGUAAUGCAGUAAUAAUGUAAUACAGUAACAAUGUAAUGCAGUGAUAUUGUAAUACAGUAAUAAUGUAAUACAGUAACAAUGUAUUGCAGUAAUAUUGUAAUACAGUAAUAAUGUAAUACAGUAACAAUGUAAUGCAGUAAUAUUGUAAUACAGUAAUAAUGUAAUACAGUAACAAUGUAAUGAAGUAAGAAUAUUUCCUCUCCUUGACAUUCCUAGCAACACAUGAAGGCUUGUACAUACAUUUAUUAUUUACAUACAUUUAUUACCACAUGAUUAUUCCAAUGUGGAGGACAAGAACCAAGAGAGCGUUUGUUUGCUUUCCUUCCUAACUUGUGUGCGCAUGCUGAGGAGUAAGUAAGCUGUUCCUUAUGAAAUGUUCCAUAUCCUGUUCCACCUUGUACAUAAAGCAAGCGACAUGCUGUCAUGUAAAUCUUUGGCUUCAUAACAACACCAUGUUAGAUUUUGCAGAAAUUAUAUUAUUGAUAUUUCUCUGGAGCCUGACAAACAAUUACAAAUAUAUAUAUUUCUACAUAUAUAUUUAUAUAUAUUCUUCUCUUUGCCCUCAACUGUGAUGUCUUCCAUUAAUAAUUAUUAUAGAACAAUAUUUGUCAAAUAAAAAUAAUCUAUA